AUGGGUGGCGUCGGCUCCUUCAAUCGAUCCAACCGCACACUCUACAUUGGCAAGAUGCACGAGAGCCCGGACAAGGAUCAGAGCAAGGAGACUCUGCUUCGUCACUUCGGAGAGUGGGGCAAGAUUGACAAGUGGAACAUUCUGUACAACCGCGGAAUCGCUUUCGUGUCCUACACCCACGAAGCGAACGCCCAAUUCGCCAAGGAGGCGAUGCAGUGUCAGAGCAUGGAUAUGGACGAGAUUCUGAAUGUUCGAUGGGCGACCGAGGAUCCUAACCCGGGAGGCAAGGCGGCCGAGGACAAGCGGAUAGCCCAGGAGGGGCGGAAGGUUAUUGCCAGCAAGCUGGACGACAACCUCAUCGAGGCGAGCCAGACCCUCAGGGCAUUGGAGGACGGAGACAUCGACGACCUCUACGAGAUCGAGCAGCAGCCUGAGGUUUCCGAGGACACGCGGCCAGCCAAGAGGUCAAAGGCUGAGGACGGCAAGCCCGCGCCGAAGGCUGGUCUUCUGGGUGGCGACACUCUGGAGAACAUCAAGUAUUACGCAGAACUGGCGAGGAAGCAGGCUGAGGAAGACCGCACGCGUAAGGUCCCGGCCAAGGCAGGGAUGGGGCUCCUGAGCGGAUACGGCAGUGGAGAUGACAGUGAUUAG